AGGCAGCUCCGGCGGCGGUUCCGGCGGCAUCUCCGGCUCGGAGGACCGCACUUGGUCCCGCGCCCCGGCUCGGCUCCCGGAGGCUCGGUCCCCGGGGCGGCGGAGCAGGCGGGCGGAUGCGCCGGGGGCCCGGGGCCGCCAUGCGGGCCGAGGUGGCCUCGGCCGCCGGCUUCAUCACGCGGCUGCUCCGCGGCCCCGGGGGCUUCGCCGAGGACCAGCUGCAGCUCUUCCGCGAGUCUCUGCAGGAGGCCCUCACAGAUCACUACCAGCACCACUGGUUCCCUCGGACGCCGUCGCGGGGCUCCGGUUACCGCUGCAUCCGCAUCAACCACCGCCUGGACCCGCUGGUGGGGCGGGCUGCGGGAGAGAGCGGGCUCAGCCCCCGGCGCCUCUUCCAGCUGCUGCCCCGAGAGCUGACGCUGUGGGUGGACCCGUCCGAGGUGUCCUACCGCAUCGGCGAGGACGGCUCCAUCGGGGUUCUGUACCGCGGACCCCCGGCGCGCAGCCCGCCCAUCGGCGCCCCCGACGGCCGGGGCUCCCGCUACCCCGGGGAGUGGCGGCGUGGGCCAGCCCGGACGGCCGCCUGAGGCCUGAGGUCGCGGCCUCCCGGGCCCUGUACACUGUGUAUGUAUGUAGUGUGUGUGUGUCUGCUUUGAUAAUGCACAGAGAGGAUGUAAUGGAAAUGCUGAUUUUCACCCCCUAGCCAUUAAAGUUGGAGUAGUAGUACCUGUACCUACCCUGCGUGCCCUGGCGGCCCCGGGCCCCCUCCUCCUCCUCCUAUUCCUCCCACCCUCUUUUCCC